CCACAACAGGAGCACAGCAUGACUUGGAUGUUUCUCUGAGGGAACUUGUGCAGUUUAUAUACUCUUCAGAGACGAGCGAGGCUGGGGAGACAUGCCUCGGCAAUUCCCAAAAGUUACUCUGAGUGAGAAGGAGAAGGAGACACAGCUUCAAGCAGAGAAAGUAUAUGCAUCAGCGCUUAAAGAAGAAGACAACAAGGAUGCCUUGUCGAUGUUCACAGUGCCAGAGGACUGCCCGAUCGGCCUCCAACAAGAAAAGGAUCAUGAACUGCUCAAGGAGCUGGCAGAGCAGCAGUCAGAGGAGAGCACCAAGAGAAGGAAAAGCUUGAAGAUGAUUCGAUCGCAGUCAAUGUACCUGCAGAUCCCAGUGAAUACCGACUGGACGCGGUCAGUGACGCCAUUUAUGUCCCCCAGCUCCACUUGUUCCUCAUUGCCAGAAAACUGUCCUGAUUACCAGAGAGUCACGAUCAGUGGUGACUACUGUGCUGGAAUCACAGUGGAGGACUAUGAGCAGGCAGCCAAAAGUCUGUUUAAAGCUCUACUUAUUCGGGAGAAAUACUCAAAGCUAGCCUAUCACAGAUUCUGCAGAACGACGGCUCAGUUCCUGCGCAGUGCCGUGAACACGAGAUGGAGCGAAGAUGAUGAGGUUAUGCCAGAUAUGUGCCCUCAUCCAAAACAUGGAGAGGAUCCCUACAGCAUGGAGAACAUCCCUGAGAACCUGAACUACGAGCUGAAGAUGAAGGACGGGAUAGUGUGCGUGUAUGAAAGUGUUGAGGCUCUGGAAGAAAACAAACCACAUGACCUUCCUUACCCAGACCUGGAGACCUUUGCUAUAGACCUUAGUCACGUGCUGUCAAUGAUCGCAGACGGACCCACGAAGACCUACUGUCAUAGACGACUAAACUUCUUAAGUUCAAAGUUCUACCUCCAUGAGAUGCUAAAUGAGAUGGCUGAGCUAAAGGAGCUGAAGAGUGUGCCUCACAGAGAUUUCUACAAUGUUAGAAAGGUGGACACACACAUUCAUGCAGCAGCCUGCAUGUCUCAGAAACACCUGCUGACCUUCAUCCAGAAAACAUACGAGACCGAUUCUGACCGCGUGGUGUUGGAAAAGGUGGGACAAAAGAUGACCCUGCAGCAGGUUUUCCACAGCAUCAAUAAGGAUCCCUAUGACCUCACCGUGGACUCUCUGGAUGUGCAUGCGGGGAGACAAACCUUCCACCGGUUUGAUAAAUUUAAUUCCAAGUAUAACCCAGUGGGAGCGAGUGAACUUCGAGAGAUCUUCCUGAAGACAGAUAACCUCAUCAAUGGAGAGUACUUUGCCAGCAUCAUAAAGGAAGUUUCCCAUGACCUGGAGGAGAGUAAGUAUCAGCAUGCAGAGCCACGUCUCUCCAUCUAUGGGCGCUCUCCUGAGGAAUGGGACAGUCUGUCUAAGUGGUUUAUUCAUCAGAAAGUCCACUCACCAAACAUGAGGUGGAUUAUCCAAGUGCCCAGAAUAUAUGAUAUUUUCAAGUCCAAGAAGCUGGUUCAUAAUUUUGCCAAGAUGCUGGAGAACAUUUUCCUCCCUCUGUUUGAGGCAACAGUUAAUCCCCAGAAACACAAAGAACUCCAUGUCUUCCUAAAAUAUGUGUCAGGUUUUGACAGUGUGGACGACGAGUCCAAACACAGCGAUCACAUGUUCUCCUUCAGGAGCCCAAAGCCAGAGCAGUGGACUGCAGAUGAGAACCCUCCAUACAGUUACUACAUCUUCCACAUGUACGCAAACAUCAUGGUCCUCAACAACCUCAGGAAAGAGCGUGGAUUGAGCACCUUCCAGUUCCGUCCUCACUGUGGAGAAGCGGGCUCAAUCACACAUUUAGUCUCUGCCUUCCUGACAUCUGACAACAUCUCACAUGGACUCAACUUGAAAAAGAGUCCUGUGCUGCAGUACCUGUACUACCUGGCCCAGGUUCCAAUUGCAAUGUCACCACUCAGCAACAACAGUCUGUUUCUGGAGUACUCCAAAAAUCCUCUCAAAGAGUUCCUACACAAAGGCCUGUGUGUGUCUCUGUCCACAGAUGAUCCCAUGCAAUUCCACUACACCAAGGAACCAUUAAUGGAAGAGUAUGCCAUCGCAGCUCAGCUCUGGAAGCUCAGCACCUGUGAUGUGUGUGAAAUAGCCAGGAACAGCGUGCUGCAAAGCGGACUGUCUCAUCAGGACAAGAAACACUUCCUCGGUGUGAACUAUCUCAAAGACGGACCUGAAGGGAACGAUAUCUGUCGGACCAACGUGGCACAGAUCCGCAUGGCCUACAGGCAUGAGACACUGUGUAAUGAACUUAGCUUUAUAGUGGAUGCAGUGAAGUCUGAAGCCAUGGGUUCAAUCUAUGAAUAAAGUGGAUCGUCUUUUAUCAGAAUCCAGGCAAGCUGAGAUCUCAGUAAUCACCAUUAAGCUUCAUUUUGAAAUGCUAUGAUGAUUAUAUGAUUCAUCAACAAUGUGAAUGUCGUUUUAAGCUGUUAACAAGCUGAUAACAGGCAAGUUUCAUCGAGUGAAGACCUGGAUGACUGCUGUCACUUUCUCACACAAAGAUUACUGACUGUAUGUGUCAAGUCAGGCUUAUUACAGAAACUCUUAAAUUAAUUCACAGCUGUACAUUACACUCCAUCGGUAAGGAGUCUGUUAAAAAACUUGA